AUGAGCGUUGACAGAUUACCAUCAUUUGCUCUGCCUCCCCCCGGACAGGCCCAUUCUUCCGGCACUUCGUCUCCCCGCUUGAGCUCCGUUGCCUCUCACAACGGCUCCCAGUCCUCCUUCACCUCGGCUUCCUCCUACGGCCCCAAGACGCCAUCGCCCACGCUGCCGCUCAACGCAAUUACAGGUCCUCCCACCAACAUUGUCCGUUACGACGCCAUGAACCACCCUCCCGAUCUCUACUAUGCCCAGCACCUCUCGGCUGGCCAGCCGCCCGCUCCUCAGACCGUCACGUCGGGCUCCAUGGGUCAUUAUCACCAGCAGCCACCGCCAAUGCUUCAGUCCGCACACGGCCAGUACUCCAAUCCCUCGCCCUACCAGUAUGGCUAUACCAACGGCCUCACGUCGCCCCCCGCUGCGCCGCCCUCCGUCUCCAACGCCCUGGCAGCUCCGCAAAAUGUAUUGCCCUUACCAGGCGGCGUCCCAAGCCAAAACUCGUUGCAGCAGCCCUAUGCGCACUUUGACAACACCGGCCAGCACCCGCCGCCUGGCAUGAAGCCGCGCGUAACUGCUACCCUUUGGGAAGACGAAGGCAGUCUCUGCUUUCAGGUUGAGGCUCGUGGCAUCUGCGUUGCUCGUCGAGAAGAUAAUCACAUGAUUAAUGGCACAAAACUGUUAAAUGUCGCUGGCAUGACUCGUGGCCGCCGUGACGGAAUUCUCAAGAGCGAAAAGAUCCGCCAUGUGGUAAAAAUAGGUCCCAUGCAUCUCAAGGGCGUCUGGAUUCCUUAUGAGCGAGCCCUCGAGUUCGCCAACAAGGAAAAGAUCACCGAGCUUCUUUAUCCUCUAUUUGUGCACAACAUUGGCUCUCUGCUCUACCACCCCACGAAUCAGACCCGCACCAGCCAGGUCAUGGCAGCCGCCGACCGCCGCAAACAGGACCAAGGUCAACAGCUCCGCGCCUCAUCGAGCCACGGUUUGCCUUCCCUUCACCACUCGCAGCAGCAGCCCGCUAUGGCUCAGAUUGCUGGCCCCCAGACGACACUGCCCUCCCACAGCUCACUAGCACGUCCUGGCCUCGAACGUGCGCACACCUUCCCUACGCCCCCGGCGAGUGCUUCCAGCGUCAUCAACGGAAUGGGCGCUUCCGAAGGCUUCAACUGGCAGGGUCAAGGCAUUAACGGCCACCAGGCCACCACACCGCCCGGCACCUCGCUCCAGUCUCUGCAGUCGUACCCCUCGGGCGCUCACGCUGGCUACGACAGCCAGCGCCAGAUGUACAAUGCCCCCUCAUCGCAGCAGUCGCCGUACCAGAGCGCUGCCAACUCUUCUCAAGACCGUCUGUACGGUCAGAGUGGUUCGUACCCCAAGAUUGAGAUGGUUCCAGCGUUAAGCCGCUCAGCUCCCACGGGCAUCAUUGCUGACCACUCUGAAGCCAAACCCAACGGUGUCAUGCCGUCGGAGCAGGCUCCUCCCCAGCAGCCGGGCGAUGAGGAAGGCGAGCACGAGCAGGAUCCCGAGUACACCCACGACAGUGGCUCCUACGACCCUACUCGCACCUCAUACAACUACAACGGCUCCAAUGGUCUGCCUAGCGAUAGCAGCAAUAUGGCCCCUGAGAUGACGGGCUCUCCCAACCACCCUCCCGCCUCUGGUCGCGCGACGCCUAGAACGGCCGCGCAGCCCCAGUCGUAUUAUCAGCACACUGGGUACAACACGCCCCCGCGCGUUCCCCAGUCAAGCAGUCUCUACAGCGUCAUGAGCAAUGACCGUCCCGCCACCAACGGUGCUGCCGCUGCUGAUGUCUACGCCCCCGCAGGCGAGAUGCCCGGCUCCAUGUCAAAUGGCUAUGCUCCCCGCCCCGUUCUCAACGGUGUCGGCGCUAGUAUCAAGCGCGGCCGUGAUGAGGAGGAGAGCCCCAAUAACGGUGGUGCCGUUGAUCUGAAGCGUCGUAAAACCAUGAUGGAAACGAGCGUGCCAGCUCCCAUCUACGAUGCUAUGAACCAAUCUGCUUCUGCCGUCGGUGCCCCGCCCCGGCGAUGA